AUGGGAUGGAUGGCACAACUAAAGUACUUCAUAUAUUGCUUGUCAACUAAGUAUUUUUUAGUAAGCCUUAACUAGCUCUGCUGUUUGAUAACAGCGCUUAUUUUUUUCAAGCUCUUUUUUGCUGGUUUGAUUUCUCAAACUUUUUUGUUGAUUGGGUGAAUUUCUACAACAGUUUUUUUAGUCCUCCUCAGGAUUUAUUUUCUAGCAAGACGAGUGCAUUUUGAAGAGGAGCGGCUUAUAGCAUUCUGGCUAUUUUUCCGAAAAGUUAUAGUAUAAAAGCUACUUUAUCACCCUUAAAAUAAUAGAAAAUUAAAGAAAAAUGGCCAUUUUAGUACUAAAACCUUUAGGAAAUAUAAAUAUAUGCUAUAGGAUUUUAGAUGUUGUAAUUCAGAGUGCUGUCGAUCAGUAUAUCGAACAGCUUCAUGAGGCGACAUUAAGAAGCAUUGAUUAUACCUUAGAAUCUAUCGAUAUAUCCAGCAGCUUGCCUCACAUAGAAGCUGAAGAAGAGAGCUUUUGCUCUAUUUGCAUGAAUGACAUUACUAAAGGACAAAUUAUAACUGCACUAGGCUGCCCUCAUAAAUUUCACUCGGAAUGUGUUGAUACUUGAAUAGAGACAAAGCCUUCGUGCCCAGUGUGUAAAAAACGUGUGUCAACCGAUAAUUCAACUGCAGAUAAUUCGGAACUCUAUUUAUAUACUCAAGAGUACUUUAGUAUGUAA